UCUGACAGUAACAGCACCUGCUGCACCGUUAUCUCGUAUCUUCAGUCAUGAGUUUGUUGUUUGUCCUCUGCUGCUUCUGUGUAUGGACAAGACCUCUGAACGCAAAGACGUUGCCUGAACAGGGUACCAUAAAGGCCCUUUUAAAAAGCUCUGGUUUUGAGACGACACCUCCGCAGGACACUACAGUUUACCCAUCUUCAGCAUCUGAAGAUCCUGUGGAUGCUCUGAGUGGCUCUGUUCCGUCUUCCAUACAGAAAACCACAAAUGCCUCACUGACAUUAUCUGGAGCCUCAGUGCAGGUCCCAUCAGGGUUGUCGGGGAUCAACCGAAUCCCUCUGAGCUUGUCUCUGGACUCUGUUGACGACAUGUACUACGGCUGCUUCCAGAAGAUGCUCAUCAGAGUGAAGCGUCACUACCUCCCGAGGAGCACCAGGGAAGGUCUGCACUCCCCAUACACAAAGCUCUGUGCCCUCAAAGCCAUGAAGAACAAGGACAUCUACGACCCGCUGUCCUGGAAUCACUUCAGGGCCCUGUGUGCCUACACAGCAGGGGCAUAUGAUGACUUAAACAGAGCAGUCCGCAAGGAGAGGAACUCCUACAAGACCUCAUUUGAGUUCCACGCCCUCCACUUCCUGCUAUCAGACGCCAUCCGGCUCCUAAAACUCAAUCAAAGAAGCUGCUACACCUCCUACCGGAGAAGCAAAAGGCUCUUCAGCGGCGAACCUGGACAAACCAUCCGCUUCGGCUCUUUCGCCUCCAGCUCCCUCAACAAGGACCUGACUCAGUUUGGACGGAGGAGCUGCUUCGAGAUACGCACAUGUUUCGGUGCCUACCUCAAGUCAUAUUCAGAGUUUGACUCCGAGGAGGAUGAAGUACUCAUUCCUCCAUAUGAGAUGUUCAGUAUCGUCUCUGUGGACACGUCAGGAGAGAAUGAUUUGCGCUGUGAGGUUGUCUACAAGCUGGAGACUGCCGGGGUUUACAGCAGUCUGAACUGCCAGGAUGUGGACCUUGUUUAAAAGCUGUCACUGUUUUUAUUUUGCUUCGUUGCCUUCAAUUUAUUGAAACAUUACUUUUCUGACAUUGAAAGUCCUAAACAGGAGUCCAUUCAUUUUGGAUUAAAAGUUGACACUGAGUUUAUGGAGACAGAUGUAGGAAAAUAAUCACACCUGCUCUGUAGAUUGUUUUGCCAAUUUUUUGUUUAACAGUGCAAAAGAUGAACUACUGCAUCACAAGUAAUACACAGUAUAGGGCACGCUACUGCAGAAUGUUAAAUCCCAUGCUCUCUGACUGUUUAUUUGCUCUGAUGCCUCUUAUUGUUCAAGUUGUGAAUUCAGGAUGAAGAAAGGUUUUAUGAGGAGAAUUGUGAAAAACAAACACAAUGCUACAUUUUUGGCAGAGUAUCUUAUGUUUAAUCUUACAUCAUUCAAAAAAGCAAACUUGGGAGUGGAAAAUGUAGUUCGGUACAUCUAAUCAGUAGAGAGCUGGGUAUCUACACCCUAAACUCCCAGCAGGUUCACUCCACUAAUAAAACUUAGAAAUUACAGACAUGGCUUCACAUGUAAAAUAUUGGUGAUUUAAGUAUAUUAUCUGUGAUAGUGAUUUAUCAAGAAAUCUG